UUGACCGUGUAACCAGCUUCAAUAACCGACUCCAGAUCAGCUCCGAGGGUUUUUUCGCUCUCGGAGGAGGAGGGACGAGCAACGGAGGAGAUUAAACAUGAAGGACACAUCCAGGACUGAGCAGCCAUGGAGCUGUCUCACCCCUCCCUCCUCUUCCUCCUCCUUCACUCCCCCCUCUUCUGCGCCCACCGGUCGCAGAACCGAGAAGCCUUCAGCCACACUCCCCUUCCUCCUGUGGCGGCAGCGGGUCCGAUCCUGCAGGACCAGGCAUUCGUUGUGGUGUGGAACAUGCCCACGGCAAGAUGUCAGAAACGUUACAACAUCCACCUGGGCCUCAGGGACUUUGACAUCUUGGAGAAUCACAAGCAGCACUUCCAGGGACAGAAAAUGACCAUCUUCUACCGCGACCGGCUGGGGAAAUAUCCAUACCUCUCCCGAGACGGCAGGAAGAUGAACGGAGGAAUCCCUCAGCUCGGCGACCUGGCCUCUCACCUCUCCCUGACGGUGACGCAGCUGUCCGCCGUGCUUAAGUCAAACUUCUCCGGUAUGGCCGUCAUCGACUGGGAGGAGUGGCGACCCCUGUGGGAGGAAAACUUCGGGGCCAAGAUGAAGUACCGGAAUCUGUCCACACUGCUGGUCAGGAAGGAGAGGCCGGAUUUGAAACACGAGGCUGUGAAGUUACUGGCAAGACAACAGUUUGAGGAGAACGCUCAGAAGUUCAUGAGGGAGACGCUGCUGUCGGCGGUCAAAGAUCACCCCAAAGGAUUCUGGGGAUUUUACGGUUUCCCCUCCUGCUUUAAUAAGAACAAGAGGAAGACAGAUGUAACCUACACCGGACGUUGCCACAGAGGCACCAGACACCAGAAUGACCGUCUGUCCUGGCUCUGGACUCAGUCCACCGCUCUCUACCCCAGCAUCUACCUGCCGCAGAGGCUCGCAGGGUCUACAGAUGCAGCUCUGAUGGUCAGACACAGACUGCUGGAGAGUUUGAGGGUGGCAUCGCUUUGGCGCCAUGGAAACGAAGCCAACCACGCCACCCCUGUCCUUGCCUACGCCAGGCUAGCAUUCACGCACUCGCUCAACUUUCUCAAUAAGACAGACUUGGAGCACACACUUGGCGAGAGUGCAUCACUGGGAGCAGCUGGAGUCGUGCUGUGGGGGGAAAUGAAAUUCGCCAAAUCCAAGCAACAGUGCAUCCACCUCAGAGACUACAUCCACAACGUCUUGGGUCCCUACGUGCAGGCGCUGAGGUCUGAAGUGCAGCGCUGCAGCCUCCAGCUUUGCAGCGGUAACGGACGCUGCGUCCGGCGACGCCCGAGCUCCGGUCACAGGUUUUCUUCGGCGUCCGCGAGCGCCUCCGGCCCUCACGACGCCGACGUCCUCCAGCGUUUACGCAAACACUUCAAGUGUCAGUGCUACCCACGCUGGACUGGGCGGAAGUGUCAAGAGAAGGUCGAGGAGAGAUGAAUGACACUCUCGUCCACACAUACACGGCCGAUAUAGAUUCACAUAUUAACCACCUGAGACCUGAGCAUUUGUUUUUUAGUGCAUUAUUAAUUUCUCCAUUUCUCUUUAUUUGGGAUUAGUAGCACCUUUGAACAGGAAGUACUUUGGAAAAAAGUAUGUCCUCAUGUGUGGACACAGGGAUUAUUUCACUUGAUACUAAAAUAAUACCUCAGUAUUUUAUCCUAUUGUAUUUUAUUGUAUUCAAAUACCGGACUGCUAUGACGUCCUAAUUUCCCUUCCGGGAUGAAUUAAGUAAUCUGUCUGUCUGUCUGUAAUCACCGAUAUGUAACAAAAUAUAAAUUUUCAUGUCUGAACAUUGCUGUGCAAAGACAGAAUUGCAAACAAUGAAGUCCCAAUGUCCUCAAACGAGUACUUCCUAAUUAGUGAAGUUAUAGCUCGUUACUACUGAUAGAAUUUGCACGUCAGAUUAAACUGAAAAGGUUAAUAAGCAUAAAUAAACAAGUUUCAACUGUAAAUUUUGA